GCCGGAAACUGACAAAGGAGGAACACCCUUUUCAGCACUGACAUGUGCACCACAUAUCAUACAUAGACCACAACUCAAGACCCAACCCAACAGAGAGAGAGGGGAAGUGGAAUAGGCAGGUUUCACCAAAUGAGUCCAGAAGGGUAGUUUCACAGAACAAACAGAAGAAGGGUAGUGGGUCUUUUUUUAAAGAAGCUGCCAGAGUCCCCUGCAUUUUGGACGGUGGAGAAGUAUGGCAGCGUGGGACCUGUCAGUUGCGGUGGAGGACCUGGGAACUGAUGCUCCACCCAUCACUGUCAGUGUGACCUCUGACCUACACAUAGGUGGGGUCAUCCUCAAACUGGUGGAGAAGUCACAGGUAAAGCGCGACUGGUCGGAUCAUGCCCUGUGGUGGGAGCAGAAGCAGCAGUGGCUCCUGCGAACGGCCUGGACCCUUGAGAAGUGUGGCAUCCAGGCAGAUGCCGGGCUCAUCUUCAUGCCCCAGCACAAGCCCCUGAGGCUGGGCCUGCCCAACGGACUGAACCUCAGGCUCCGGGUCUGCUUCUCUGGACCUGUGUUCCGCACUGUGCUGGGCAUCUGCAAGAUGCUGAACAUCCGACGGCCAGAGGAGCUGUCCCUGCUGCGACCUGUAGAGGAGAAGAAGAGGAAGAAAGUUAGAGACUUGUCAGAGGAACUGUAUGACCUCACAGAAGUGCCUCUCACCUCAGUGUCCCGCCCCUGCUUGUAUAAUGGAAUGCCUGCCCAUUUCGCUGACUCCCCUAAGACUGAGAAGGUGUACAAGAUGCUGUCAGUCUCCCAGCCUGCUCCUGCCCCAGAGGCCAUCGCUAAGCUGUACCGCCCCGCCAGUGUGGUAGACAAGGCCCACAUCCACAGCAGGUGGCUGGACUCUUCUCGUUCACUGAUGGAGCAGGGAGUUCAGGAGAAUGACAGACUCUGGCUGCGCUUCAAAUACUACUGCUUCCAUGACCUGGAGCCCAAGUAUGAUGCGGUGCGUCUGACCCAGAUGUAUGAGCAGGCUCGCUGGGCCAUCCUACUGGAGGACAUAGACUGUACUGAGGAGGAGAUGCUGCUGUUUGGAGCUAUACAGUACCACAUCAACAAGCUGUCCCUGUCGGAGCCCCAGACGAUGACCUCUAGUCCGGCCAUGGAUGACCUGGACUCAGCCCUACAGUGCCUGGAGGUCAAGCUGGACGGGGCGAACAGCAGCCCCCAAGACAUGCUGGAGAACCUGACCGCCCCAGAGCUGAAUGAUUAUUUGAAGAUAUUCCGGCCCAAGAGGUUGACUCUGAAGGGAUACAAGCAGUACUGGUUCAAGUUUAAGGAUGCCUCCAUCUCCUACUAUAAGAGCAAAGAGGAGAGCCUGGGAGAACCCAUUCAACAGAUCAACCUCAAAGGCUGUGAGGCUGCUCCAGAUGUGAACGUUGCUGGACAAAAGUUUUGCAUCAAACUUCUGAUCCCAGCUCCAGAGGGCAUGAACGAGGUCUACCUGCGCUGUGAAAAUGAGGAGCAGUAUUCCAGUUGGAUGGCAGCGUGUCGUCUGGCCUCUAAAGGGAAGAGUCUGGCAGACAGCUCAUUCCAGAGUGAAGUCCAGAGCAUCCGAUCCUUCCUGGCCAUGCAGCAGACCAACCCCAACACACACACAGAUGACAGCAUGAGCAUCAACACACACAGCCUGGUCUCUCCACGCUACAGCAAGAAGUACAAGGCCAAACAGUUGACCCCUCGUAUCCUGGAGGCAUAUCAGAACGUGGCUCAGCUCUCCCUGACUGACGCCCUCCUCCGCUUCCUCCAGAUCUGGCAGGCCCUGCCUGACUUUGGUAUCUCCUUGGUGGUGGUGAGGUUUAAGGGCAGCAGGAAGGACGAGGUGCUGGGCAUCACCCCCAACCGCCUGAUCCGUAUCGACCUGGGGGUGGGAGAAGUGGUCAAGACCUGGCGCUACAACAACAUGAGGCAGUGGAACGUCAACUGGGACAUACGACAGGUGGCCAUAGAGUUCGAUGGGAACGUGAACAUAGCGUUCAGUUGUGUGACGGCUGACUGUAAGAUCGUCCAUGAGUUCAUUGGAGGCUACAUCUUCAUGUCGACACGCAGCCGCGAGCAGAGUGACACACUCAACGAAGAGCUCUUCCACAAGCUGACGGGAGGCCACGAGGCUCUUUGACACCCUCACCCAGUAAUAUAUAGCAGCUAUAGCUCUAGAAGCAAUCUAUAUAUCCAUACAGCAGAUACACCAGUGGACAGUUUGAGUGUUUUAGGGUGCAGCUGCAGCAGCCUUGAAGAGAAAUGACAACCAGUCCACGCUGGGAUCCUAACAGACAUGCAGUUGACUAUUCAAUAAAUCAAGGAAGAGGUGACCCAUGAAUAGAAAGUUAUAGAAAAUGAUUAACAAUGUAAUGAAUUGUCAAUUCUGAAAUCCAGAAUUAAAUAUGUUUAUUGACAUACAUAAAAAAGUUGACCGUUUUAAUUUCCCUAUGAGGCAUUUGGCUUGAUGGUUGAAUGUCCUCGAGUAUGGUGGCAGUUUCCAGAAAUGUUGCUAAAUGCACAGGAAGCCACAGGAAGGCAUGCGGUGUGUGUGUGUUUUCCUAUCUCUGUGGAACAGUUGAGACUGUCCGUUGACAAAACCACAGCUUGUGCCUUCUGCUUCCCAUGUGAUAGAUAGCAUCCUUUUGUGUCUUCCAGUCAUGUGACAGUGUUAUCAGGAACACCCGUCAGUCUCUGUGCCUGUACUGUGGCCUGUAUGGUAAUAGAGCUGUUGUUGAUGGUGUUUUCAGACUCAUAGUCUUCAUUCAGUCUUCGGGUUCUGGUUCCGAACAGUAUCCGUUUCCAUGGAAACAGUCUAGACAGAACUGGAAAUCGACAGCUGUCUGAUGACAAACUCAGCCAUGUCUUUUACCUCCGAAGCGCAGAUAAGCCUCUUCACCUACUCCAGUGGCAGAAUACUCUCUAAAACAGAUGAUUUAUAUCAUUUGUAAAUAUUCACUUCCAUCUCUAUCCAUCCCAUCUAACAUCCUCCCCUUCGUGAGUGUGUGUCAUGUGUGAGGUACUCACAUGUGGGUCUUAGUUUUAGGGCGGGGAAGUAGUUUCCCCCUCAGUAUCCCCACGUGUCAGCAAUACACCGUUCUCCAGCCAGAAGGACUGGAUAGCCUCUGCACAAAAACCAGAAACACAUAAAGAAAAAUACUUAUGCAUUUAGACAAUGACAGCACUCUGAUACUUUAAGUUAUCAGACAAGGCUUUGGGGACAUCAGUGAAUAUGGCCAGGUCACAGUCUCUCCUCAUGCCUGAAGCAAAGGGAGGAUACAGACAUCAAAGUAAGCCCAUCUAUGAGAGGCUCUAUGGCAAGUUUCCCAGACCAAGAUUAAGCAUAUCCCAGGACUUAAAGCACUUAAAGAAAUCAUUAAUUGAGCAUGCUUGUAAAGCUAGGAGUAGGCUAUUAAGCCUUCCCAGAAAGCCCUCCUUAUUUGGGCAACAAAUAAUUUCACAGUGCUUAGGGACAGAUCGGACUGGGGUGAGGGGUGGUUCAAAACACGGGAGGGUUGCCAACCUUUUCUUUUUUCUUUUGGGAGGGUAGUGCGUUUUUGGGGGGGACAGAGGGGAGGGUUUCGUGUUUUUGGGGGGGGGACACAAGGAAGGGUUGUGUUUUUGGGGGGGACACGGGAUGGUUGUGUGCAGCCACAAACAUCUAAGGAAUAAGCUACCAGCCAAACAAACUUGUAAGAAUUGUACUUAAAACCACAUCAUACUCAUCUGGAGAUUCAGCAUUUUUUCGUCUCUAUGUAAUUGUUUAUGUAUUUAUGUAAAAAAAAAAAAAAGGGACCACAAUGGAAAUAAAUCCCCAACUUUA